AUGACCCUAGAGCAGAAACCAGCUAAAGGCACAAGCCUAACAGAAGCUCUUACAGUGGAUCGACAUGCUAGCUCAGCAAAAUUUCUAAGACUGGUCCAGACGGCUCUAUCGAGAACAGCGCCCAAACCGCGCAGUCCGGCUGGCCGAGGAACGAACGUUUCACGCUCGGCCAGAGUCUCAUCCGUCCGUCUGAAGUCUCGGCCAAAGUCCAAAACCGUUCGGCCGAACGCAUGUCACGACCCGGAAACUAAGGCCCGCGGUCGGCCACGCCACAACCGCUCACGCCAAUGCCGCGCACGACCAUGCCGCGCGAGCCGGGCCGGGAAACAAAGCCUCGCGGCCGCGCAACCUGUCUCGCGUACCACGGCCGAUGGAGCCGUCCGAGCCGGGAAACUACGUCCCGCGUCCGGCCGAAGAAUUCAUCGGCCAAUCUUCAUCCGUCCGACCACAGCGGCCGACCACAAUCCGUCCGGCCACGACCGUUCCGAUCGUACUAGGAGCGGCCAUGACCCGAUCAUCCGGCCGAUCGUCCCGACCGACCGUCCAAACGCCGCGGUCGACCCGAAGCCCGUUUUGAAGCCCGUUUCACAUAUUUUUAUGGCCCGGCUUAACCCUAAGCCGCCUCUAAAGACCUAG